UCUCGCUGCGUCUCGCGAGACUCCGCGAGAACACAGGCUAGCGAGCGCGCUAGCCAGUUUUGUUCUCCCGUUUGAGAUUAAUCUGGUUUUAUUAUGGCCACAAUGUCCGGAGGAACAAACCCUGGGGUUCCUGGUACAAGCCAAGCUAGCUCCGGAACACCCGCUCAUCGGAAAAAAGACAGCACUCCGUCCGCCAGGUUCUGGGAGAGCACAGGAGCCCAGCUGGAGGUGGUGCGACAGUGGAUCGGGAAGCACUACAAAAAGUACGUGCUUGUGGAUGCUCCAUCGUGUCAGGCGCUGUCCGCAGUGACCGUGCAGCUGCUCCAGUUCCAGGAGGAUGCUUUUGGCAGACAAGCCUCCAGUCCUGCUCUCACCAAGCUGCCUUCAAAAUGCUUUCUGGACCUGCAGCCAGGCGGAGGACUUUGCCACAUUCUUGGAACUGCCUACAAGUUCAAGGCUGAGCAAGGCUGGCGGAGGUUUGACCUGCAGAACCCAUCCAGAACUGAAAGGAACGUAGAGAUGUUUGGUGCUGUUGAAAGAGCACUCAUCCAGAACAACUGCAUGUCACAGCCUGUGGUAUAUCUGGACCCUGUGCUGGAUCAGGAACUGGCUAGCAGACUUACUGCGAUUAUCACCAAACACCAGGGUAAUCUGACAGAGGACCGAACCCUCGCCACCCACCACAUCUACCCCUCACUUGCUUCUUCAGAGGAAGAUGAGUGGAUGCGUCCUGUCAUGCGGAAAGACAAACAUGUGUUGGUACACUGGGGCAUGCACCCGGACAGCUAUGACAGUUGGCUUUCCUCAAGUGACGUUGAAGGAGAGGUUGAAGAGCCUCCACAAUCAGAAAAGCCGUGGCGGGUCCAUGCUGGCUGGGUUCUGGACACAGAUGUUUUCAACGAGUGGAUGAACGAGGAAGACUAUUGUGUGGAUGAGAGGAAUGUACCAAUCAUUCUCCGUAGGCGCAUUCACCUUCGAGACGAACAGGAUUCCAAAUCUACCCCGUCCAAAAAGAGAAGACGCUCGCCCUCUCCUCCCUCUGAAGGCAGAAAGAAAGGAAAGAAGGGGAGAAGGCGUGGGCAACAGGAAGAAGAGCCAGAAGAAGACUUGACCAAAGACAUGGAAGACCCCACCCCUGUUCCUAACAUGGAGGAGGUUAUACUACCCAAGAUUGUCAACUUGAAGAAGGACAGUGAGAACACUCCUGUCAAAGGAGGGACCAUGGCUGACCUGGAUGAACAAGAGGAUGAUUUCCCAGGAAGGGAAGACGAGGAGGGGAGAGCAGAGCUGCCUCGCCUGUCAGAGGGAGAGGACCACAUCACAGAACAAACCCACCAUAUCAUCAUACCAAGCUACACGUCGUGGUUCAAUUACAACAGCACUCACUCCAUAGAGAAGCGUGCAUUGCCUGAAUUCUUCAAUGGAAAGAACAAGUCCAAAUCUCCAGAAAUCUACCUGGCGUAUCGUAACUUCAUGAUCGACACGUACCGGCUCAACCCCCAGGAGUACCUCAGUUCAACGUCCUGUAGGCGCAACCUGACCGGAGACGUCUGUGCUGUCAUGAGGGUUCAUGCCUUUUUGGAGCAGUGGGGUCUGAUUAACUACCAGGUGGAUGCAGAGAGCAGACCCCUCCCUAUGGGACCCCCACCCACCCCUCAUUUCAACGUACUGGCUGACACACCGACCGGGCUGGCCCCCUUACAGCACAAACCCCUGCAGGUGUCGGCCUCGCAGCACAUGUUGUAUUUCCCUGAAAAGAACAAAGAGAAGCCGUCAGACUGCCAGAACUUUGGCCUCCGCACCGACAUCUACGCCAAGAAACAUCCUAAGACUAAAGGAGCGAGCGCGGGAAGAGAAUGGACGGAGCAGGAGACACUCUUGCUAUUAGAGGCCUUGGAGGUCUACAGAGAUGACUGGAACAAGGUGUCCGAGCACGUUGGCUCCAGAACGCAAGAUGAGUGCAUCCUCCACUUCCUUCGCCUGCCGAUAGAAGACCCCUACCUGGAAGACUCCUCUGCCUCCCUCGGCCCACUGGCGUACCAGCCCGUGCCUUUCAGCCAAUCAGAAAACCCUGUCAUGAGCACUGUGGCCUUCCUUGCAUCUGUGGUGGACCCGCGGGUGGCGUCGUCAGCAGCUAAGGCAGCACUGGAGGAGUUUUCCCGAGUACAGGAGGAGUCCUUGGAUAAGAUUUCUGAGAUGUCCAACCAGCCUGACAAAACGGAAUCGAUGGAUGCUGAAAAAAUUGAGGCCAACUCCACCUCCCACCAGGUCCCUUUAAGAGUGGAUGGGCUCAAGGUGGAACCCAGUGGGGCCAAAGCAGAGGGAGUCAAAAGGGAAAAUGCUGAAAAUGUCCUUGCAGAGGAGAGAGACAGAAGGGGUGAUGAUGACGAGAUGGUGGGGCAGCGGGAGGGAGACGGGGAUGAUGGGAGAGUGAUGGAGCAGGACCUGGUGGAGGGCAGCGUUGCCACAGCGGCAGCAGCUGCUCUGACCUCGGCUGCCACGAAGGCCAAGCACUUGGCAGCAGUUGAAGAGAGGAAGAUCAAGUCCCUGGUGGCUCUGCUGGUGGAGACCCAGAUGAAGAAGCUGGAGAUCAAGCUGAGGCACUUUGAGGAGCUGGAGACCAUCAUGGACCGCGAGAAAGAGGCUCUAGAGCAGCAGCGGCAGCAGCUCCUGUCAGAGAGACAGACGUUCCACACAGAGCAGCUGAAACAGGCAGAGAUGAAGGUUCGCCAGCAGAGGGAGCAGCAGGGCCAGCCGGGAUACACAGUGCAGCAUACAGGUCAGGCCAUGCCCAAUCGGAUGAUGCCUGCGGGAGGAAACGCUCAGCCGAUGGCACCUCGACACCCUGGAGCUCCCAAUGGAAUGUAUCCGUCCUCGCAGCCUGAUGGAGUAGCACCAGCGCAGCCGGGUCCUCUGGCGUCCGGUCACAGCUGAAGUGACCAGGAAACCAGACACGUUCCCACACCGGGCCUCCUUCAACCAGCACACACACGUAAACAUGUAACACUGGCAUCAAUGUUCAGGAACAACUAUGAAGAACCUGAAGUCUGUAUAACUUGAGUCGACACAUGUUAAUAGACUGAAAGUCUCACAAGCACAUAUACACAGUCGUUGUGUAUUUGGUCAGCGGCUUAGUCCGUCUUAUAUCUGUGAAAUAUUUGUGCUCUGAUGUAAGAGUUGAGAACGCAACUCAUUAAAGUUGUUUUACAUGAAACUAAAUGAUCUUC